CUUAGUUCUCGUGUUGUUUUUUUUAAAGUCGAAAAUUUCCAAUGAUUUCAGAACCAAACGCUCAACCUUCUAAAGAGUCGAAUGGCACCCUGUGAAGGUUGAGUGGUUUUUUAAGUAAUUAAUUUAUAGUUGUGUGUUUCUCAUUAAGCAGGACAUGUCUUUUUUCUCUCGCCUCCUCAGUCUUACUCUUUGGCCUGAAGAAAUGCCCUUUGGCUAUAUUUCCAUUUUGUCGUACCCCUCCCUGCCUUUUCGAACGCCAUUUGUCGAUUACCCAAAGCCCUCUGCGAACAAUAUUGUCUACGCAAGAUGGCUGCCACUUUGACAAAAAAUCCGUACUAUAAUCUUGGCUAAGCUGGAACAACUGCAGCUAUGCGUGAAUGCGGAACAGCUGCGGGUUUGAGUGAGAUUCAUUUGAUCUUGUCAGGGGUAUAAAACCGCAAAACCUUCGUCCCAGCAUGGCUUUGAUGGAGGGCACGUUAUGGAAGUGGACGAACUAUCUAAGUGGUUGGCAGCCCCGAUAUUUUGUUCUGGAAGUUGGAGUUCUUUCUUAUUACAAAUCCCAAGAAGAAGUUGGUCUUGGAAGUCGGGGUUCCAUAAAGAUGAGUUGCUGUGAGAUUUCUGUUCACCCUACUGAUACAGUCAGAAUAGACUUGAGGAUCCCGCCAGAACAAUACAUAUACCUACGUGCAGCUACUCCUGCAGAGAGACAACAAUGGGUGGUUGCCAUGGGAACCGCUAAAGCCUGCAUAACACAAUGCCCAUCUCCAAAUGACAAAAAGCCACUACAAACUUCAAAAACAUCACAGCUGAAAGAGAAGAUGGAAGAACUGAGCAUGUAUAGAAGUCUACUGUUACAGCAAAUAAGCACAAUCAAGCUUAUGUGCACAGAGAAAGACGACAACCAGGAAUUCAAUGAGGCAGCCACCAUGCUUUCGGCCACAUGUGAUGAGUUCUUGAAGAAUCUGUGUGACUGUAUGGAAAUCGCUGAUAAUAGUUUUUUGGGCUCCCCCCCUGGUUCCCCUACUCCGCAGAGCUCUGAGCAUGCAGCACUCCGGAAGCACCUUCUUCGGGACUCGCACAGAACCCCACCUUUGUCACCCACUUCCAGUGUUGCAAGCUCUUCUGUUGGAUCAAGUGCAAGCGCUUCUUCCUCUGGCGAGAAAGCUUCACCUUCACGCCCAUCACCGCCAAGACACAGCAUGCAAGCACCAGCACCGAGAAACACUGAAAGUAGAACACCAAGAACAACAAACGUUGCAACAGGAAAACCUAGAAUACCAACACCUAGUAGCUCUGCUAGCAGAGACGGUGCUAGUGAGCCUGCCAAGACCUCAGAUUUAAUUUCCACACCACGACAUGCAGAACCUGAGCAGCCCAAGGAGCCUGACCACAUCACAUUCUUUUCAUCAACACAGCACAAAUUUGAAGAUGUGAUAGUUACACCAGAUGGCGGUAUCCCCACAAAGUCAUUCCUGGCUGCAUGCACAUGCAUUCUUCCUUUCUUUGACGUGAUGGGUUCUACAGCAUUUGCUCCUGUCAAGAUGGAUAUCGGGGGCAAUAUACGGAAAAUAUCAAGUAAAUUCGACACCGAUCCAAAAGCAUUCUACACUCUUCAAAAUAUCGUUUACCAAGAACUAAAGAGCAACACUUGUACUGCCAAGAACUCUGCGACGGAUGCGCUGCUCUGGUUAAAAAGGGCUCUAGAAUUCAUGCAGAUCUUCUUGGCCGAGGUGGUUAAGGGCAGACAAGACCUAGCUGUGGCCGCGGGAAUUGCAUACGAAAAGACGCUGCGAAAAUACCACGGCUGGGUCGUACGAGGCGUGUUCGCUCUGGCGGUUAAGGCCGUGCCUUACAGAGAGGACUUCCUCACUACGCUCGGCACGACAGAGACAGGCCUGGCGCCUAGUCACGUGGUGCUGAGUGACAUGAAGAGUUGUGUGACGGCGCUGGGCGCUCUCACCCAGAACUUGAAUCUGUUUUACAUAAGCAACAAACUCGACUCAGAUCUCACUGUCUAGACUUCACUAAGGCCUGUAAUAGUCCUUCUUGCCUCAUGCUUUUACGGAUCCCUCCGAUCCCACGUCACCAAAUACUACUGAGAAUUUGUGUCUCCCAAAGACGCUAAACUACAUGAGAACAGACACUGUCAUGGUUUGAGAAAUGGUGCAAACUAGUUAGACUUGCAUAUUUUAAUUCAAUUAAAUUAAAUUAAUAACAAUUG